ACGAAAGAAGAUGUUACUGUAACUUUACUAUUACCAGGCAUUGGAAUGGAAGACUGUGUUGAUGGGCAUCAGCCGGAAGACAAAAUGAAGAAAGCAAUUCAAGCUGGAGAGAGUAUAUCCACAGGCAUAGACUGUGGUGGUGUGAACAUCAAUAAUAAUCAGAAGUCAGGCAUAGAAGAACAAUCUGUCCAGCCUUUAAUGGACCAUAUUGCAGAGAGAGAAAGUUUAAACGAAAGUGGUACUUUUGAUGAAAUAGGUUUCCCUGUGGAGAAGAUGGAUAUGGAACUGGGUUGUGAGAUGGCUGGAGAUGUGAAUGCAUUACCCAAAACUGAUCCAAAUCUAGAAGCCAUUCCACAGUAUCAGUCACCUGAAGAUUUCACAAAGAGGCACGGAUACCUUUCAAUGGUAUUUCCACCCUCAAGAAAUGAAAUGCCAAGUCAUUGUUCUGAUGGUAGUGAUGUUAACAUAGAAACUAGCCACUAUAACAAAAUAAAUGAAUGUGAAAGGAUAAGUAGCAUUAAUGAAAGCAAAAGCUGCAAUAUUCCUUUGGUGGAUGUGGGCACCUCCAGUAAGGAACAGGAGACCUAUAAGACUCAAUAUGUACCAGCACCUCAGAGCGUGAACCAAAGGAAUAACAGUGAACAAAAACCAUUCUCGUAUACAAAAAGCAAGGCACUAACCAAACUCACUAAUGACGAGGUACAACCAGGUGAUAAAGAUUAUGAAUUACAACUCUUUAAACCGACAUUAGAAAACAAGGCUGUGACAGAUCUUUCAGUACUCAACGCCCCUCAGGAAGAUAAUGCCAAUUUUGCAUCUGAUCUUGAAGACCUGCAUUUAAGUGAAUCCGAUUGGCAGACCUUUUCUCCUUCCACAGAAGAAGAGGAAGACGCCACACAUGUUGUCUGUGGGCUCAUUAAUGAACUUUCCAAAAUAAAUCGUGUCAUUAUGAUCACCCGUCGGGAGCUGGAAAGCAUGAGGCGACACAAAAACAGGAGAGUGAGAUCAGUUGGCAGACACCCACACAUCUCAAAAGGAGCAACAAAUGUACCAUAUUCAGUGAAGAGGAAAGAUCUAUGAAAAAUAUUACAACUUGCAACCUGAUAUUUACAAAGUAUUUACUGCCCAGAAACAGGCUAUUCAGCCCAAUUGGUCCAUGCUGGUUUCAAUGCUGCACACAACCUUCCUUCCCUUCUUAAUAUAACCCCAUCAAUAUAUCCUUUUAUUUAUUUCUCCCUCACAUGCUUACUAGCUUCCCCUUAAAUGCAUCCACAAUAACUGCCUCAGCUACUCCUUGAGGAGCAAGGUUUACAUUCUAACCACCAUCUGGUAUAAGAAGUUUCUGCUGAAUUCCUUAUUGGAUUUAUUAAUGAUUGUUUUAUACUUAU